AACUAAUCCCAACAGAAUUAUUCUCUCAAAAUAUUGCUAUGGAUGUUGACUAUGAUGUGAUUGUUCUUGGCACUGGCCUUAAGGAAUGCAUUCUUAGUGGCCUUUUUUCAGUUGAUGGCCUUAAAGUUCUACAUAUGGACAGAAAUGACUACUAUGGGGGAGCUUCAACUUCUCUUAAUCUUAAUCAGCUUUGGAAGAGAUUUAGAGGUGACGAUGCCCCUCCGGAAACCUUAGGUUCAAGCAAGGAAUACAAUGUUGACAUGAUUCCUAAGUUUAUGAUGGCAAAUGAAGUAUUAGUUCAAAUACUCAUCCACACUGAUGUCACUAAGUAUCUUAAUUUCAAAGCAGUGGAUGGUAGUUUUGUCUACAAUAAGAGCAAGAUUUACAAAGUGCCUGCUACAGAUGUUGAAGCUCUAAAAUCUCCAUUAAUGGGACUUUUCGAAAAAAGACGAGCAAAUAAAUUCUUUAUUUACGUACAAAAAUAUGAAGAUGAUGAUCCCAAGUCUCAUGAAGGAUUGGAUUUGAACACGAUUACUGCUAGAGAUCUUAUUUCAAAAUAUGGUCUAGAGGAUGAUACAAUUGACUUUAUUGGCCAUGCUUUGGCACUUUAUCUGGAUGACUCUUACUUGGAUCAACCUGCCUUAGAUUUUGUGAAAAGGAUGAAGCUCUAUGCAGAGUCUUUGGCACGUUAUAAAGGAAAUUCUCCUUACAUCUAUCCAAUGUAUGGACUUGGAGAAUUGCCUCAGGGAUUUGCUCGUUUGAGUGCGGUUUAUGGUGGAACUUACAUGCUUAACAAGCCUGAUUGUUCGGUAGUCUUUGAUGAUAGUGGGAAGGCUAUUGGUGUUUCCUCUGAAGGAGAAACUGCCAAAUGCAAGAAAGUUGUAUGUGAUCCAUCAUAUCUACCCGAUAAGGUGCAAAAGGUUGGUAGAGUUACCCGUGCUAUAUGUAUAAUGAGUCACCCGAUUCCUGAUACGAAAGACUCGCACUCAGUUCAAGUGAUCCUGCCUCAGAAGCAACUUGGUCGUAAAUCAGACAUGUACUUAUUCUGCUGCUCUUACACUCAUAAUGUUGCUGCUAAAGGGAAAUACAUAGCAUUUGUCACAACUGAAGCAGAGACUGACAACCCAGAGACCGAGCUAAAGCCUGGAAUCGAUCUUCUUGGACCGGUAGAUGAGAUAUUCUAUGAUUCUUAUGAUAGAUAUGAACCUACUAACUCUUCUGAAUCUGAUUGCUGCUUCAUUUCCACUAGUUAUGAUGCAACAACACAUUUUGAGUCCACUGUGAAGGAUGUGAUUGCUUUGUACCGAAAAAUUACUGGAAAGGAACUUGACCUUACUGUGGAUCUCAAUGCUGCAAGUGCUGCUCCUGAAGAAUAAGCAUUUUCCCAAGUGAGCAUGACUAUUGUUUGGCGUAACACUUUGCCGAAAUACAUGAAGAUAGUUUUGAUAUCUAUAAUUUUUUCCUUUUGCCCCCAUUUUUGCUA